CCGGGAGGGUCCAAAAUCGCUCGACCAGCAAAGAUCCGAUCACUCGUGAUUCAACAGUCGACUGGUGUAAACGUGCCGCCUGUUGCUCGAUCCUGUGCGUGUGUGCACAUUUUGAUACACUAAUUGUGGUGCUGUUGCGGUGAAUUUUUGUGAAAGGGCGACCGAUUCGUUAGCGUUAAUUUACCAUUAAAAAUUUGAUGGGAAGUGAAUUUUUAUAGCCAAGUUUUUUAGGGCGUUUCUGUGAUAGCGAUGUGUGUAUCGCAGUGUAACAAUUGAAGUGCUUCGAGAAGAAAAGUGAAGAAAUAGCGGUGACACUUCGUGGUCAUUGCUUAGUCAAAUUGUGGAGAGAAGACAGUGAGUACGAGUAGUGUGCGUUGAAUAGUAAACAUUUUUUGGGGUUUUUUCCUUAAAUCCUGGGGGAACAGUUCAAACGUCUAAACCAACCUUCCGUUUCGAAGUUCGAGAGGCGUGCAAGCUCACAACGGUCACAACAGUCACGUAACGUUAUCGAAGGCAGAAAAGGAGCGAUCGUAACGUUCGGAUUAACAUUCAAGAUGCCUUUGUCAAAAACAUCAUGUCUAGCGGUAAUACUGUGCCUCAUCGCCCUGGCCACAUUGGCCCACUCACAGGACGAACAGUCAAAGAAUCGAAACAGCCUGCUACUGCGGAGGGGUAGCGCGGGACGGCCAAAUCCACUUGCCAAGUCUACCACAACCACGCAACAGCCGGAAUAUGCCGAUGACGAGUACGUGGACGAAGAUGGCGAGCGGCCGGAAGGUGACGAUGGCGAAGAACCAGCCGCUGGUGGUCGUCCCGCAGCAACAACAACCACAACGACAACCGAAUCUCCGAAAAAAAUUCGACCCACAAUCCGUCCGUUCCGAAGCAAUGAGGAUCUGCUGACGGCUCUGAAAAAACGCCGUCAAGAGUCUAAAAAUCACAAACCAGCACCACCAAAGGAAAGGGUAUAUGACGAUGAAGACGUUCCGGCUCCCGCCCCAGCUAAAUCUGCCAAGGCGCCAGCAAUCGGUAAAAUUGCAGAUAAUGUUGUUUUUGCUUUAACGAAACCCGUAACGAAGGGACGUCGAUUCGGAGCGGCACGAAAGGAAGCGGAACAGCACGCAGCACCAUCGGAGCAGAGCGAGGAAACCAACGGCGGUGAUAACAACGCAGCGAAAUCUCUGACCAGUCGUCUCGGACGGUCGCGGUUCGCACUGAAGCAAUAGGUCGCAGCUUCAACACUGUUCUAUUCUCCUUUCUAGUUUUUUUUCUCGAUUUUCCAACCCCUGAAUAAAAAAAAUACCUGUACUGUUCAACUAUCGUUACAUCCAUUUGUUUUCCUACUCGUCUCAAAAUCAGUUGAGUGCAUUUGAUUACUCGCCGUUUUUUAAAAGGUUGAGAAUGAUUUUUUUAGGUUGAACGUUAGAAAAUAAUCAAAUACGACUACGGUGCAGAGUCACCGAAAUAUUCAAUAAAUCAAUAGUUUUUUCAUAAUUUAAUGGAUUCUCUUCAAAGUAAAGUCUCUUUUUUGACAACGUGUAAAAUAAACGAAUCACAAUGAAGAGGUGAAAAUAAAAUUGAAAUAAUAAAGAAAAAUAGUUUUUCAAUGAACCUGAAAAUCUCUCCAAAACUAGAUCAGAAAGUUCGAAAAAUAUGUAUUGA